AUGGAAAUCUGGGCAGAUCCAGGCAAGUAUUUGGGCCUUCCAGCCAUUUGGGGGAGAAAUAGGACUGCUUCCUUGAUGUGGAUAAAGGAUAAAAUCUUGGGGAAGAUGGAGAGCUGGAAAGGAUCUUUACUUAACCAAGCAGGGAAAGAAGUUCUUGUUAAAUCUGUUAUCCAAGCAAUCCCAACUUUUGCGAUGGCGAUAGUUAAAUUUCCAAAAACCUUUACCUCAUCCCUUAAUGCAGCAGUGGCAAAAUUUUGGUGGAAGAGCCAAGGGAAAGAGAGGGGAGUUCAUUGGAGAAGCUGGCAGCACAUUUCAAGGAGCAAAAAGGAAGGAGGUCUUGGCUUCCGGGACUUCCACUAUCAAAACUUGGCUUAUCUAGCAAAACAAGCGUGGCGAUUCGAACACUCUCCUAAUGCAUUGUGGGUUACUGUACUAAAGGCCAUCUACUGUCCCAAUGGGAAUUUCCUUGAGGAGAAGAAGGGUAGGAACCAGUCUUGGAUGUGGACGAGUCUUUUAGAGGGUAGAGAUCUCUUGAAUUCUGGAGGAAGAUGGGCAAUUGGUACAGGAGAGAAAAUUAAUGUUUGGGAAGAUAGCUGGAUCUGGACAGGGGAAAGACUUGCCCGCAGCCAGAACACUCCCCCAUUAAAGGUUGCUGAGUUACUCAAGGAAUCAGGGGAUGUCAAGAUCCUACAAACGCCGGUGGGGCUAAGAGGAGUUGAAGAUAGCUUAAUUUGGCCUCAUACCAACUCGGGAGAGUAUACCAUUAAAACAGGGUACCAUGUUGCAAGAUCAUUCUGCCAGGAAAGUAUUCUUAAUCCAUCUUCCUCUCUGGUGAUUCCUAAUGAAUUAUGGGGGUUCAUAUGGGGGAGGAAUAUGACGAGGGAGAGUACUUGCCCAAUAUGUAAUAUGGAGGAUGAGACAAUUGAGCAUGCACUGCUAUUUUGCCCUUGGACUUGUGCGGCUUGGUUCGGUUCUCCUCUCCAAUGGAUUAUUAAUAGAGUGGGAUUUCAGAGGAUGGAUCUUUGGAUCCUACAACAAUUCAAUUUCCUAAAUUCAGUCUCAACCCACGCUGAGGAGGACUUUGCCAUCUUUAGCCUCACUCUUUGGGCUAUUUGGAAGGGGAGAAACAGGGUUAUUUUCCAACAUGAAGCGCCAAACACUGAAGCUACUAUUAGACAACUGUCACUCUUGAUCCAUAAUUUAUCAAAUACUAAGCCAGUGAUUAUUAAAGAAAGAAUGAGUUCAGAUCGCUCUACCUUCAAUGAUCGUCCGUGGAGACCCCCUUUACCUAGGAUGCUUAAAUUGAAUGUUGAUGCAAGCUGGAAAGCCUCUUCCCCUUUGUGUUCUAUUGGCAUCGCUGUGAGAGAUGAAGCUGGGCUUCUCGUUGCUGGAUCAGCUUCCAAAGCUUUUUCUCAUUCAGCCCUGAUGGCAGAAGCUUUAGCAUUUAGGGAAGCAAUUAUUCUAGCUCAUAACAUGGGAUGGUCAGAAAUUGAAGUGGAAUCAGAUUGCUUACCUUUGGUUGAGGCAUGCAGGGAUGGAAAGGGACAAGGUGAAAUCCACAGCAUAGUUGCAGAUAUUCUUAACCUGAGAAGACAUUUCCAAUGGUGUGGUUUUUCGUGGAUUCCUAGGAACAGCAACAAGGUUGCCCAUGAAAUUGCUAAGCUGAACUACCUUAAUGAUCUGGGGCCCUACUGGCUUUUUUCUCUUCAUCCAGCAGUGAAAUCUGCAGUAAUACAUGAUGCAAGGUUAAUCCCUCCAAGAGUCCCAAUCUGA